CCCUCACCUGGAACUGAUGUGGGAAAUUAUUAAUUUUAAUCUUCCAGGCAAAUGAGGAUCAUCCAAGGAACAUCAAAUACCAAGUGUACUCCAAAUAUGGAUAUUUAAAUUAUUGCUCACUUCCGCAAUUGAAGUUUACAAAAGAUUGGUUUCCCACCCAGAGCCAAUGGUAGCCUGGUUCUCUUAUAAUGGAAUCCAGAACCAGAUUGUGGUUAAUUCGGUUUGGAACCAAAGUGACCUUGACAGAUUGGAGAAAGUCAAGUUCACAAAGAGUUACCAUGUCAGUGAGGAUAGCCCUGCCAAGUUUGAAGUAAAUCACAGGAAGAUUUCUACAACAGAUAGUAAUAUUAUGUAUGAUGAAGAAGCACCCUCAGGAAAAUUUAAUGCCAUAGUCCGCAAAUUCACACCAAAAAAAGGAGGAGACGAAAAACAAUUCAUUGAGAUUUGGAAUCACUGCAAGAAGAUAAAACAAUUUGAUGUUCUUGGCAAAGAGAAACAUGGAAAGAUUUGCACUAAGGAUGGACAGUUUGGAUGUAUACACUGGUCUAAAGAUGAAACAAAGCUGUUGUAUAUAUCAGAGAAAAAGGCUCCAAAGAUGGUGUCGUACUUUGAUACCAAGAAGGGAGAAGUAGACAAGCCAGACGAGGAACCUUCUGUCAGGGGUCAUGAACAUGACUUUAAACAAGAUUGGGGAGAACAGUUGGUAGGAAAACACAAGCUGGCAUUAAAUGUCCUGGACUUAGACAGUGGCGAUAUAAAUACACUGGACACCCUGCCUGAUGAUAUCACUGUUGGACAGGCCAUCUGGACUCCAGACAAUGGGAUCAUAUUUGUGGGAUGGAAGCAUGACCCAUACAGACUUGGACUGACCUACUGUCCAAUUAGACGGUCAGCAAUUUAUCUUUGGGAUUCCAAAACAUCAUCCAUAAAGCAGCUUAGUGAAGAUGGCAGGGCCAGCUGGUUACCAAGGUUAAGUUUGGAUGGGUCAAAGUUGAUUUACCUAGACAACGAUAUAGGAGGACCACACUACCAGUGUUCAAGGUUGAUGAUGUGUGAUAUGAAGUCAGGAAACCUUACUGUUCUGGUGGACAUUAUCAAAGAUCCUAAAGGGGAGGAAUUUCCUGGUGUGUAUAGCAUGUCAUUACCACAGCGAUGCUGGGCUCCCGAUGGAAAACGUGUAGUCUUUAACAGUAUAUGGAGACGUCAAAUGGCAGUCCUGGUGGUGGACACGGAGACAAAGAAGAUCACCCCCAUUCUCUCUAAACCUCAUGGAUGUCUGAAAGUCACUGAUAUAUUUCAAGACAGAAUGCUUGUAGUUCAGUCCAGCAUAAACCAGUUACCGUACUUUAGUAUAUGCAGACUUCCAGAGAGUGGACAGGAAUCUUCAGUCAUGUUCCAUCCUCUUGACAAUCCCGAGCCAGUUUUAGACAUUAACUUUGAAAUUCUCAAAUUCCUGCCAACACAUCGACCUCAUCCGAAAUUUGGUACACAUGAAUAUGAAGCAAUUCUAGUCACACCAAAAACUGACCAAGAAAAACACCCAUUAAUUGUGUUCCCACAUGGGGGACCUCAUUCUGUCUUAACAACAGACUACCUGCUUCUCCCUGCAGUGUUUACACUCUGUGGAUUUGCUAUGGUUUACAUUAAUUACAGAGGUUCUAUUGGUUAUGGAGAUGACAGUCUGCGGUCUUUGCCAGGAAAUGUUGGAGACAUGGAUGUCAAAGAUUGUCAGGAAGUUGCUGAGAGUGUUGUAAAAUUAGAUCAAAUAGACAGGAACAAAGUGGUUGUUUUUGGUGGAUCUCAUGGAGGAUUUCUAACAACACAUCUGAUUGGUCAAUAUCCAAGUUUUUACAAGGCAGCAUGUUGUAGGAAUCCAGUUACAAACAUUGCAAGUAUGAUGCCAACAACUGAUAUUCCAGACUGGUGCUAUACCGAGAGUGGAUUUGAAUUCAAAUAUGAUUCUUUAACAACAGGAGAAAAACUUACUGAAAUGUGGAAGAAGUCCCCAUUACAGUAUGUUGAUAAGGUGGAAGCUCCCUUGCUGAUUAUAUUGGGGUUAGAUGAUGCCAGAGUCCCUCCCAAACAGGGAGAGGAGUAUUACAAACAACUGAGAGCCAGGGAUAAAAAGACCAGGCUGAUUGGAUACAAAGACAAUUGUCAUCCUAUUGAGACAGUGGAGGCUGCAGCAGAUUCGUGUAUGAAUAUCCUUGAUUGGUUCUGGCAACACUUGGAUUAAGUCUGCUGCUGGCAACACUUGGAUUAAGUCUGCUGCUGGCAACACUUGGAUUGAGUCUGAUACCUGCAGAUAUUUCAAAUACUAGGACAAUUGCACUCUUGCUAAUAGACUUCAGUCACAUAUAAUGUACUAGUAACGAAUUGAUUCAAUGUUAUCUUGAAGAUUUAUGUUGCCAGUAAAAUUUCAUAUUACACAUAAAUAAUUUAUUUUAUAUGCUAUUGUGGAGAUAUGGACGUCCAUGUUAGUGAAAUACUGUAUACAGGGUUAUUUUCGCCCCGUGUUAUUUUCGCCCUUUCACACUUGCAAGCAAUUUUGCCCCGUUUUAAAUUCGCCCAGUCAUAGUUCUGUUUAAGAAAUUUUACUGUGUUCUUUGAUUUCUCCCCGUUUUAAAUUCGCCCACCUGUGAGUAGGGCGAAAGGGGCGAAAAUUUCCCUGUAUACAGAAUUUCUUUAAUGAUGCUUAUUCUCAAAUCACUCUAAUCUUUCAAGAAUUGUUCAAAGGUUUCUGUCUGGUAAGUAAUUGUCUUUAAUAUUGAUUGUACAUGGUGAUCAUACAGUGUUGUAUAAUCAGAGGUGUUCAUGACCCACUCUUAAAAUAUAUUUGGAAUUGGCUCACAUUUUUUUAAAAAAUUUAUAUGUGAAAUCCAAAAAUAUAUAUAUAUAUAUAUAAACAAAUGAAAUAAUAAAAUAAUCAUAUUUUUCUUCGAAAGGUUCA